CCCCGCAGCGUUACCCGCACGGAACGAACUCGCCUUUUGCUUCCGCCGUUGCCGUGGCGACGCGUGGCGGUGCGUCGGGAUGGCGGCCGCGUGGCGCAGCGUGGGGCUCCCGCCGGCGGCGGAGGAGCGGGGCGGGCGGCUGCGGGCAGCCAGGCUGCGUGCGGCCAUAGAGCAGGAGCUGCGCUUCGAGGAGGCCAUAAGGGCGAACGAGGAGCAGCGGCAGCACCGGGAGCAGCGGCGGCUGCAGGAGGAGCGGCUGGCGGCUGAGCUGGCACGGCUGAAACACGAGGAGCUGAACGACGAGAAGAAGAGGCAGCAAGUGCGGGAGAACAGUCUUGAACUUCGAGAACUCGAGAGCAAACUAAAAUCGGCCUAUCUGAACAAAGAGCGAGCGGCGCAGAUCGCUGAGAAAGAAGCCAUAGAGUGUGAGAAAAUGAAGCGUGAGGCUGAAAUAGCCCAGAAGAUGAAGGAAGAGUAUGAGAGGGCAGCUAAGGAAGAGAGCUUGGCAGAACAGAGGCGAAAUGAGGAGAAAAUAAUGUAUCAGCAAGAGCUGGAGAAGCAGCUCGAGGAACAGGAGCGGAACAAGCAGGGAGUUUAUGAAGAGUUUCUGAAAGAGAAACUCAUGAUUGAUGAAAUCAUAAGGAAGAUCUACGAGGAAGACCAAAUGGAAAAACAACUUAAAUUAGAGAAGAUGAGAGCAACUCAGAAGUAUAUCGAAGAGUUUAAGAAGGAACAAGCUGCGUGGAGGCAGAGGAAACGGGAAGAGAUGGAGGAAGAAAACAGGAAAAUUGUGGAGUUUGCCAACAGGCAGCGACAAAGAGAAGAAGAUCGGAUGGCCAAAGUUAAAGACGAGGAGGAGAAAAAACUGCGAGUCCAGGCCAUGAUUGCCCAGAAUUUAGAAAGAGAGCAGCAGAAGCGUGACGAGCUGGAAGAAAUGCGCCAGGAGCUGCAUCUGGAAGAACAACUUGAGAAGGACAGAAAGAAGGAGCUGGCAGAAAUGGAGAAGAAAAUAAGGCAACGCCUGGAAUUAAGGCAAGUGUAUGAAGAGCAGCUUGCUUUGAAGAAGAUAGCGCAGCAAGCCGUGCAAGAGGAGGAGGAAGCCUUCAGACAGCAGAUGGAGGCCAAGUUUGCAGAGGAUGAUCGUAUUGAACAGAUGAAUGCUCAGAAACGAAGAAUGAAACAGCUUGAACACAGAAAAGCUGUGGAAAAACUUAUUGAAGACCGUCAGAAACAAUUCAUUGCAGAUAAAGAGCGUGAACUUGAAGAAUGGAAGUUAGAGGAGGAAAGACAAGCAAACAUUCGUGCAGUUGUUGAAGAAGAGAGACAGAAACUCCUGAAAGAACAUGCAUCUAAAUUACUGGGUUAUCUUCCCAGAGGAAUACUCAAAAGUGAAGACGAUGUUAACAUGCUUGGUGAGAAAUUUAGGUUGGCUUAUCAGAAGAGAAGAGAGAAUCCACUUUUGGAAGAGAGCUGAAAUUCCCACUGUCAGCCCUCCUGCCUUGCCACUAGGUGUCACCUGAUUGCUAAGGAAGAUUUCCAUUUGCUGUUAACAGCGAGGAACUUGUUUUUGUUCUCGUAAAAAUCUCCAUUUUAAGACUGGAGUUCUGAGCUGACGAAGGGCUCAUCUUAUUUCAGUGCACUUAUAUUUUUCAGGAAUAAACUGUUUGCUACAGAUUGCUCAAUAAUCAGCUACACAAAUACAACUGAGUUCAUGAUGAA